AUGCCCGGAGGCCGCUGCGCUGCAGGAACGGCGGAGGGGUCGGGGCUGCCCGGGGGAAGCCCGCAGCGGCCGGAGCGAGGGCGGGGAUCCCCGGCUGUGCGGCGCAGGAGAACACGUCCAUAGGAUGGAGUCAGAGCACCUCAGGCUGCGUCAGGCCAACCAGGACCUUCUGCAGAGGCUCAGAAUGAAGCAGGAAGAGAUAAGAAAAAGUCUUCCCAGCAAGCCACUUCUUCCAGCAUCUCUUCAUAACAGAGCAACUACUGAAGCAUCUGUCCCCUUGCCCAAGAGAGGGAAGGAAAAUCAAGUUGGUCGUUUGUCGACACAGCACAGUCCUGCAACGUCGGUGUCUGUGGAACCCAGAGCUUGCACAGCCAGAGCAGCCCUCUGUUCAUCACUCAAACACAGCAGCAGUGACAGAGGGGUGCAGCAACAAACGAAGGUGCAGGAAUCAGUUUUGCAAUCCAGCUUUCCUGAUAAAGAGAAAAAUCUUAUACCUGUGUCUGCAAUCAUUACAUGUGAUAGAGAAACUCGCAGAGUGGACAGGGAUAGCCAUGCUCAAGGAAGUGCAGAGGAAGACUCCUUCCUUCUAGGACAUGGAAAGAACAGAAGACAGACCACUCUUCCACAUGGUCCCAGUGAGAAGAAUGAGCCUAAGGGUCAUUUGAACCCAUCAGUGAAUAAAGUACAAAGUGAAGAGACCUCCAAGGAAGCCACAACACCUAAAUCGAUCCUACUGACAUCUCAGUCUAAAGAAUUGAAGAAGGAAGCUGGCCAUGUGACUUUUCAAGCUGAACCAGAAGAAUAUACUGUGCCUGUGAGUAGCUGGUCCAUGCGUCCAUUCCUGGGCUACGACUGGAUUGCAGGGCUCUUAGAUACAAACUGUUCAGUAGCAGAAAAAUCUGAUCAAUAUUUUGCUGAGCUGCAUGAGUUUCGACAGGCCAACAAAGAAGCAUGUAUCUCUGAGCAGCACCUGGAGACUGAGCCUCUGGAAUACAUAAUUCCUGAACAGGAUUCGAUAGCCAGUUCCCAUAAAUGUGUUUACUGUUACCGAUUGAACCAGCGCCUCUUUCCUGUCCCUAUGGAUUCUGAUUCUGCCUGUCCUGUAUGUAAGGUCCCACGUACCCACCAGCCCCCAGAGACACUGGAAGAGCCAGCCUAUGUCAGGGUCAGCAUUCCCAGGUCUACUCUUAUGCCUGCCUACAAAUACAAAGCUCACUGCAGGAAAAGCUUUGAACCAGCAGACAGUCUAGCGUUACCUUCGCAUUGCCUGGUUGGCUGGGAAAAUACCAUUCCUUCCAGUGACCCCACAGUCAGCAGCUUGGAUCUGCGAGCUUCACUGAAGGAGAAACCUCCUCACCCUUCUCACCUGUAUGAUAAUCACUGAUGGCCAAGCAGAAGAAAAAGCCUGGAAGAUUUUUCUCAUCUCUCCAAAGAAAGGUUAUUCCCCGUGUGCUGCAAACUAGAAGAAAAAGAAAGCAAAUGGAACUGGAUAACAGCAGGAUGUAGACAAAAGCCUGUUCAGCUCCCCAAGUCUUCAACAAAACAGGGACCAUCGCUUAUUUGACAUUAUUUGAUUAAUAAUGUCUUCGUUUCCAGAACUUGGUGUCCAGAGUGUCAGGAGGAACCAGAACUGACCAGCUUCUAAACAUGACCUACUCAGUGCUCUUCAGAUUAAGCAGUGCUUCUCAACAGAGAGGGAGCAAAUCAAACACGGACACUGCAGAGCAGCUUCACUUUUAAAUACUACUGCCUCAGCUGUGGACCACUGACUUGUUGGCCCUGGGGAAGGGGUGAGGGCAGGGAGUGGAAACAAGUUAAUUUGGUUAAAAAUAAAUCCUCAAAGAAGGAGAUUUUUUUCUUACUUCAGUGUACAAACUCAUGGCUUUUCACUUUGCACAUUUUGCAGCUACUUCUAAGCAGAUGCAUGAGCUUCCCUACCUAAGGCUUUAUAAAGAGAUGUGGACUGGACAACUAGGAGAACUGUGGCAAUAGAGGUGCAUAGAGUCCAUCUGCCAUUUCAGUUAAGCAAAUCAGAAAUGUGUUAUCUGAGAAUGCCAGAGCAAGGAAUUAGCUUAUGAAUGACCUUGUUCAGUGGGAAGCAUACAAAUAUGCUUAUUUUCAAACAUGAAGCAUAACAAACACAAAUCACUAAUGCCUUAAACUUGGGGUACUCAACAACGUAGUUAAAAAAUCCAGUUUAUCUUCAGUGUCUGUAGCUACAGGGUACAUUGCAGAGUAAUUAUAAACCUGGAAAUGCACAUUUUAUUACUCAAAGACCUAGAAAAUGCCUUAGGGUAUUUGCAAGUUACUCUUAGCUCUACUUUUCCAAGCUUUUUGGAGGUUAGCAAAAAGGACAGUUUAAGAACAAAAGCAGUGUGUUCUGUAUGGUGUGAUUUGUUUGAACUUUGUGGUAUGAUCUUUCCUUGUCUAAAAAUGAUAAGACGGACGUUGUGUUUUGUCUCCAGUAAUUCUGAAAGAUAAAUUCCUUUCUCAAGAAUUCUGGAAGUUAUUGUGAAAUCUUGACUAGUGAUUGCAUUCGUUAGCUUUAAAUCAAGUUUAUUGGUGGGAGCUAACUGCACAGAAAGCUUUGGGUUUGCUCCAGUAUUUUCAGCUUCUUGCUAUUUGGUGUUAAUUAAUUAAUGCACCCAAUACUUUAUAAAACAAAUGUAUGAUCAGACUUCUUUAAGCAAGGGAGCAGUGUUGCAAGUGCAUGAAGUCUCGCUGUGUGACAGGAAUGGAAAGCGAAUGGCAGGACUGACUAGUUUUGCUUUGGGUUGGAUAUUUAGGGUAAAGUGAAGGGAAUUGGUCACAUUCUUUCCUUUAAAGCACAAUCCCAAGCCACCUAUCCCUUCGUAAUGUUUUUUACUGUGUUCAUACAUGCUCUUUCAGAUGGAGCUUCCCAGAAGUCCUCAGUCUCAAAGUAUAUCUAUUAAGAUAGAUAUAAUCAUCUGAGCUGUCCCAUGUGCCCUUAUUGCUAAUAAAGUUGAAAAUUUCACUUUCA